AUGUUUCUGCUGCUGCUUCCUCUGCUUGUGAUCUCAGGUCUUGGAGGAACAGGACAAGGCGGAGAGCUGCAAAGGAACAAGAGGAGAAUUCAGCACCUUUUCUACCAAGAUAAAGAUUUGCUUGAAAGAGAGGGCCCUGGCAAGUUGCUGGUGCAAGAUCCCAUAGACAAUGAAGAAAUCCUAGAAGAACCAAGUUUAUUUGUAGCAACCCCAAAGCUGGCAACAGAGAGCAGGAAGCAAGGAGAAAAAAAAUCAUCCAGAUUUAUCCUUCCAUAUGUAGAGUUUGAUGUGCACCGAGAUCUGGGAAGCUGGACUGCACCAAAAGAGACCUCUCAUUCUGAAAGCAUGAGGCACUUCCUACCUUCAGACUCAGUCAACAAGAAGGAAGCUGAGCCCCCCUACAGGAAAGAUGCUAAAAAAUUCUGGGACCAUUUCAUGUUUAAAAAAAAUUCAGCUUCUGAGGAGGUUGUUCUGCCAAUCAAGACCAAUGAGAUGUACCAGGAGACCUGCAGGACGCUGCCUUUUUCCCAGAGUAUUGUGCAUGAGAACUGUGAAAAGGUGGUGGUGGAGAACAACUUGUGCUUUGGGAAGUGUAGUUCCUUUCACGUCCCUGGCCCAGAAGAUCGUCUUUACACCUUUUGUUCCCACUGCUUGCCUACCAAGUUCACCAUGAAACGCUUGGAACUGAACUGCACCAAGUCUGUUGCCGUUGUUAAGGUGGUCAUGAUUGUGGAGGAUUGCAAGUGUGAGAUUCAGAAGAUUAAACAUUCUGAUAUAGGAUCCCUACAUUCAGACUUGCAUUCAAAUGUAUAUGAGCACAAUUAA